CUGAUAUGAGCAAUUAUCAAUUUGCUUAAAUAAUUCAUCUCCAUCAUAAAUAGACAACAAGGCCUCUCUUUCCUCCUCUUGCAAUUCAAGUUCUGACAUAUUUACAUACUAAAGUAAAACAUUAUUAAAACUAGAAAAUUAAUAUUUUUCUGUAACUUAAUAUAAUUUAGUUAGGUUAUCAAAAAUGACAUUUAGACUGACGCGUGACGACUGACAGUAGAAGUUGGUAGAAGACAUGUGUGACGUGGGUCAAGGGUUAAUAAAGGAUGUUAGGAUAGCCAGUUUAUUAAAUUAUGUUUUAUAGUGCAUUGUUGCCGAAUGUGUCAUGUCGUCAGUGCAGAACCUCGCACAUAUGUUGCGUUUGAAUAUCUACAAUCGAUGCAUUUUUACAUCUCGAGCGUUUGUUUGUCCACAUCGGACACAUCUUCUGCAUCUGCGUUUGUUUAUCCGAGAUGUAGUUGUCCAGCAUUAGGAUUCUCAUCUUUCAUCUCCUCUAUCUUCGUUCCACAGAAUGCGAUUCGUAUGUAAUGUCUCUCUCUAUUCAAUUCGUUACGUAUUGAGUAUGCACUUGUAAAUAAGGUGGUGUAAUUUACACUGAUGCACCAUCAGCGAACGAAAGCAUAGAAAACGAAAGAACCUAAAAAAAAUCAAAAAUUGCUUGAUUGUUGAUUGAUUGUAAACUAUAAUUGGUACAAAAUGGACAAGCACUCAUCUAAAGUGAAAUCAAGAAGAAAAAUAGUAAAUCCAUUGUUUCAUUUACAAACUAAAGAUGAAAAUGAUCGGCAUAUUACCCCAGAUGUAGUAAAGAGAGUUAGGAGUACUGGUCAGUUGAACUUGUCCUCUAAACAUUUAUCUACAGUGCCAGAAAAAAUGUUCACGAUGUAUGAUCUAACAAAUGAAAAUGAAAUAAAUAUAGAUUUAAGCAGGGUAGUUAAAGAAGAAGAUGCAUGGUGGAGUAUAAAACCUCUAACUCAUCUAGAUCUUAGUUCUAAUGUUCUAACAAUACUACCAAAAGAAAUCAGCAUGUUCCAGGAUUUGAUGGUGUUGAAUUUACAUGAUAAUUUAUUAACAGAAUUACCCGAGGAGAUUGGCAGCUUGAAUAAAUUAACAAAACUAUUUUUAAACCACAAUAAAAUUACUCAGUUUCCCAAAGAUUUUUAUAAAUUAACCGAUCUGAAACAGCUUUUCGUUAGCCAUAACAGCUUGGAGAGCAUAUCUAAAGAUAUAUCCGACUUUGUAAUGUUAGAGAAAUUGGAUUUAUCAAAUAAUCAUCUUUCAAAAUUACCCUCAGGGAUAGGAUUUUUAGUACGUCUUACGGAAUUAUCAGUUUCGAAUAACGGCCUUAAAAAAUUGCCUCCAGAUAUUGUUAAUCUUCGAGUUUUAUUAAAAUUAGAUAUUAGCCACAACAGUAUUACUCAUCUACCCGAUAUGGGAGAGCUUAGAAAAUUGCAGAUAUUCCAUGCUCAACAUAACGAUAUUCAAGAGAUUCCUAAUUUUAUGGGAUGCGAACAGAUACAAGAAAUAUAUUUUGGAAAUAAUUUUAUACAGGAAAUUCCAGUGGAAUUUUGCGAAAAUAUGACUCCUCUCAAAAUCUUAGAACUAAGGGAUAAUCAAAUAAAGGCGGUACCUACUGAAAUUAUUAAACUUGCUCACUUGACUAAAUUUGAUUUAACUAAUAAUGAUAUUGAAGAUGUGCCAAAUGUAGUUGGUCUAAUGCCACAUCUUCAGUCUCUUAAACUAGAAGGAAACAAACUCAAACAAAUAAGGGCUGAUAUUAUUCACACUGGUACGAAUCGGAUACUUAGAUAUUUGAGGGAAAAAAUCAGUGAUGAAGAAAUGACAGUUCUAAAUGUACCUUCUGAUGUAUCUUAUGAUAACAAAAUUUAUCCUGAUAGAUAUACAAUGAGGAAUGGACACAUUUUGAACUUAGCAAUGAAAGAUAUUUCAGAUGUACCAGACGAAUGUUUUUUAGAAGCCAAAGAAGCCAGUGUUAGCAGCGUAGAUUUGUGUAAAAAUAAAUUUGUGAACAUUCCCUCUGGAUUGACUCUAAUAUCCAAGUAUUUAACAGAACUGAAUAUGUCUGCAAAUAGAAUUAGUCAAAUACCAGGAUUUUUUAAGGAUUUAACCAAAUUAAAAUUUUGCGAUUUGAGCAAAAAUCAAUUGGAAGAUCUCCCAGAAUGUUUAUCCGGUCUCAUUUUAAUGAGAGAGUUAAUUUUAAGCAAUAAUAGAUUCAAAAAAAUUCCCAGUUGCAUUUUUGGCAUGGUCGGUCUCGAAAUUCUGUUAAUAAAUGAUAAUGGAAUUCAAGAAAUAUCAGCUGAUGAUUUCAAAUCAUUAAAAAGAAUAGCUACCUUAGAUUUAGGUAAUAAUAAUAUACAUUAUGUACCUCCAGAGUUGGGAAAUAUGACACAGUUAAGAAAACUGGAAAUAAAGGGAAAUCCUUUUCGGCAACCAAGAUAUGCAAUUUUAGAGCAAGGAACCGAAUCAAUAUUGUCAUAUUUAAGGGAUAAGAUACCAAAGUAACAUUUAAAAUUACUCUUAUUUAAAUAACUCCUUAACACCCAGUGAAUUUUUCCUAUAAUAUUAAGCUAAUCAUUUUAAUUUUAUGUUAUAAGCACAAACAUUUUUACAUUGUACCUAAAAAACUACUAGUCAAAUGUUUUUACUAUUUUAUUUUUAGUUUAUAGCCAAAUAAAAAUGUGCCACCACUUUGUUUGCCAAUCAACUGUACUGUUACU